GAACUUCCUCCUCAAGGUUAGAGAGGGGAGGGAGCUCUGAGUUGUCCCCAGUCCAAAGUGGCAUUGUAAGAAAGACAGAGGGAGGAAAGGAGGACACAAGGGAUCAAGAAUGGCAGAAAAUAUUAUUUAUGCUGACUUAAACCUGCCUGAAUCAACGAAACCCAGAGUACAGCAGGUCACUGAUGUGCAAGGUUCCACGUACGCAGAACUGAGAGUGAAACCCCAAGGCACAGACGCUGCAAGGAGCCACUCGUCAGGUGGUAAAAGCUGCCGUUCCAGAAAACGUGUUGCUGCACUGGUUGCUCUGUUGGUUGUGAUAAUCCUCCUACUGGUCCUGGCAGGGUGUCUGGUACACCAGUACCAUUCAACUGUAAGCAGCCCACAGGACUCAACAACCUUGCAUCAAGUCCCUAAAGAGCCCCCAGCCUGCCCCAACCAGUGGGAAAAACACGGCAGAAAAUGCUACUUCUUUCCUCCAUACAAAGAACAGGACUGGAAUGGCUCCCGUGAGGAAUGUGCUGCCAUGGGUUCAGACCUGGUGGUCAUUGACAACGAGGAUGAACUGCGUUACCUCACUGAGCGAUCAAGAUACAAGUACUACUUACUUGGUCUCACACGCUCUGAGAGGGAGCAGAAGUGGAGGUGGAUUAACAGCAUGGAACAUGACCCAGCCCUGUUUGAUAUAGUUGGACCUUAUCGUGGCUAUCACUGCACAGUCAUUGGAUUUGGUCAAGUACAAACUGCACCUUGUGGUGGAUCUUCAACAACUGAAAAUAUGUGUGAAAGAGCUGCAACAAUGUCAGAAAGGUAGAAGGGGAGCUCAAAAGAAGAGUUCCAGGCAGGAAUGUUAUCUCCAGCUUCCUGUAGGAAAUGCAGAAAGGAUUUGUCUCCUUUACCUUCAGCUGCCCAAAUCUCCAAUCAAAGGGACUCCUGCAGCCCCUCCAGACCCCUUGCCAAGCUCAGCCCCUCCUUUCCCAGGAUGGGAGUGUGAGACUGGAUGGAUGCCCCUCCAGAGGACCCUGCCUUUGCCCACAGUGCCAGUCUGGGACUUGCUCCUCCCAGGGCUCUGACUUUCAGGCAGCCCUGGCAGGCAGAUGAGUCCAGCCUGGGGGACAGGGGUGAUCCCCAGCAGAUCCUGCCCCCAAACACACAUCCAUCUCUGCCCAUGUGUUCCCAGCCCUGCCUGUGCACAGGGAGACCCCUCCCAGCCCUGCCCUGCCCUGCCCUGCCCUGCAGCCACCCGUGCAGCUGAGCACAGGCUCCUGCUUGGCCUCCUGGCCUGUCCCACAGAUGGGACUGACGGGACAAAGUCCCGUGGGUGGGUGGAGAAACCUUCCUCUGGCCAAAGCUGCCUGUUAAAAACCCACAGGGGUACCAGACCCCGUGGGGCUGGAAUGGGAAUCACCACAAGAGGACUGAUCCUCCACCAGCACAGCCCUGGGCACGAAAUCCCCCUGGGGCUGUGGAGGGCAGGGCAGGUGGAUCAGGUUCAGGAUGUGCUGGGGAAGGGCAGAGGAUGCAGAGCAGCAGAGACAGCAAUGCCUGCAGAACAGAGCCACAACAGAAGCUCAUCUGGACAGAAAGCAGGACAAUCAAAGCCAGAGUUAUGAGGGAAGGAGAUGGUGAGAAGUGUGAGAGUGACCUACAGGGACUGACAACACAGUGCACUGCCUUCUUUUCUUGGGGAUUGAUCAAAGCACAAAAUUGUGCCUGAAGUUUUUUCCUCCUCAGGCAAGGUAGAGCCAACACCAGGAACAAGUGGUACCAGGAAAACAGAGAUGUGCUCAGCAAACAGGGAAUGUUCCAAAGCUCUUCCAAUGUGCUUCAGUGGCUCUUGGGACCCUGGGCCUUUUGGGCCAUGUUUUUUUUACCACGUCCUUUGAGGCAGAAUCAAUCUUACCUAAAAUGGUGACGUUCCUGGCUCUCUCCCUCACCUGCAGGAUGGAGAAAGCUCCUUCCCUGGGAGCCACAGGUCUUACCAUGUAGACUUCAGCAAGAAGCUCUGCAUCAGUUGUCACCGAAAGGGGGAAGCUUGUCCUUGGGUCACUGUGGAACGACAUAAAAUCCAUCAAGCCCAGAAAGCUGCAGAAAGUCACAGGACUCAGGACCAAGCACUGCUUACAAGGAAUUCCUCAACAAGAGCAAAACUUUGAUUGAAAGUUAUUUAUUUCUGCUUCCUCUGUGUUUUUCUCGUUCACAAAGUAAUCUCCUCUGAUUUUGUUAUUUUAUUUUUUACACAAAUGUUUACAGCUUGAACUAGACAAG